GGGUUAUGGCGUCGUUUGUUAAUUAUGGAAAUUGGAUGUUAAAUACUAAACCGCUUGCUUCCCAGUCUUGUCGUAGGUGUGAGAUCGUGGUCGAGUCUCUAACGCAGUAUGGAAUUCGCGCCCCUAUCGACGUCAUCAAGUAUGGCAUCUAUGCUGUGCUCAAUAGUUGUGGAGGACAGGGUGGUCAUGUGCAACUUGACCCAGGAUCGGGCGAAACAUUUGGGCCGUACCCACAAUUGUUGGUCAGAGUUCGACACGGGGAGAAAGGAAAAUGCCCAGUGUCAAAGGUACCGGUCAAUGAUGAUGACGAUGAUGACGAUGGCGAUGAUGACGAUGACGAUGACUCGCGUCCAACCGGAAACCCUGGGUCAGGUUUUGGAGGAAAUGGUCGGGGAGCUCCUGGAUCCGGAGGAAACGGUCGGGGAUCGAGUGGUCUUGCUGCUAGGCCUGGCGGACGUGGGAGGGAUUCUUCUAAUGAUCAGAGCGGGGAGAGUGAUGACCCCACUACCACUCCAACGCGAACACCGGCGACUCAAGGAGCAGGCGGCACCUCCGGAACCGCCGAUCAACGCGGGCCCGCUCAGCAACCUGCUGCUCCACCUGGGACAGGAAUUGUUCCUUCGUUGACGUCAGGCCUCAAGGCUCUUUUGGGUUAGAAGUGCGAUGAUUGGCCAGAGAGCGGGUCACUGCAAAUCUACAAGUGCCAUCGCAGCUGUCUAACCUUUGAUUUUCACAUUAUACUCGUGUUACAUCG